AUGCCAUAGUAAAAACACUUCCCCCAGCAGCCUUGGUUACCAGAAGCAGAAACAGCCUUGCCCACAGGCCCCAUUUCAAUCUCCAACACCCACCAGAUUGAAGAACGGUGGCCAGUCUUGGGAACCGCAGGAGGCACGUGUGCCCCUUGCAGUGAUGGCCCCUACACACCUGCGUUCACCUCCGUGCUCCUGGCCGCUGGUGCUGUUCCUGGUCCUCUUUGGAGCCUCCAAGCCAAGCAAUGGGAGUGAGCGGCAGGUGCUACAGCCCGAGGGCCCCAUGCGGGUGGCAGAAGGUAACACGCUCCUACUGCGAUGUGCGGUGGACAGCUCCUGCACGGAUGACAUGAUGAAAUGGGUCAAGGUGAGCCACCACCAUCAGCAGGAGAUUUAUAACUUCAAACACGGCGACUUUCCUGGGGUGACGCCAAUGAUCCAGGGGACACGGGAGCCGCUUAGUUGUGACUAUUCCAUCUAUAUCCACAAUGUCACCAGCAAGCAUGCUGGAACCUACCACUGUGUGGAAUUUAGUGACUUGAGUGAGAAAUCAGAAAAGACACUGGAGAAGGGCACCUCUGUGCUUGUGAAGGGAGCCGGGGACCCAGAGCCAGACCUCUGGAUCAUCCAGCCCCAAGAGUUGGUAUUGGCAACCACCGGAGACACUGUAUUUCUGAACUGCACAGUGCUUGGAGAUGGUCCCCCAGGACCCAUCAGGUGGUUUCGGGGGGCUGGUCCGAGCCGGGAGGCCAUUUACAACUUUGAAGGCAUCUCCCAGCCCAACGUGACAGCAGUCCAGGCCUCCAGCAGGGAUUUUAGCAUUCUUCUGCAAGAUGCCUCUGCUGAGCGCACAGGGACCUACUACUGUGUCAAGUUUCAGAGGAAAUUCAACAGACAGUACCUGUCCGGACCAGGCACCAGGCUGAGAGUAAGAGCAAACCCCACUUCUCCCCAAGAGACAGAAUUCACCAGUGAACAUGUAGACAGGAUACUUCCAUCAGACCUCCUGUCUGUGUUCACACUUGUGGUCCUGGGGCUGAAGACAACGACCUUGGCUGCACUCCUGCUGGCCCUGGCUGCCUGCCGGAGGAGGUUUCGGCAAGAAGACGUCAAGACCCCAGGCCCAGCAGGACUGGGCCCACUUUAGCAUGGGGCAUGGGUGAGGGGUCAGCCCCAGAGUGGGUCCUCUGAGUCAGAGAGACGCCAGCGCUCCCCAACCAUUUCUGACUCCGAUCUCAACCUCCAGAUGUUCCCCAGGCUUCGUGGAUCCCUAUACCUGGUUUCCACUCACCUGGUUAAGUUCCCCACUGGGCAGUGACUGGGCUCCCUUCUGGUGUGCCUUGUGUGUCUCCCUUCACAGCCCGUGCAAGCCCUCCUGGUCCUUCAAGGCUUUGCCCGGCUGUCUUCUCAGGGCCCUGGUUCCUGCUACAGCCCCGUCUGGAGUGGCUGCUCCCUUACUCCCCUCUCCACAUUUUCUCAUCCUUCAAGAUCCAACUCAGAGUCCUUUCUGGAAGGUUUUCCUAAGCAUCUCUGAGCUUGCAGAGCCAGACUGCCCAGGCCCCUCCCUUUACAUCCUUCUCUCCCGGUUUCCUGCCUUCUUUCCUUCCCCACUGUGGCUGGCUUGGAUGGCUGUAAUAGUUAAACAAACGCAGGUUUGGCAACUUCAACGAAGGUCUUAAAUCACAGUGGCUUAAGCCAGAAGAAAACUGCUUUCUCUAGUAAUAGCCAGGCAUAAGCAGGCCGGCAAUAGGAGACUCCUUGGUACUAAGACCUGGGAUUCCUUGAUAUUGCUGCUACCAGAUCCACAUCCCGGGCAGCAAUGAGAGGGAAGAAGGCAGUGAAGGAGAGUAUGACCCUCCCCUUCAAGGGCACAGCUGAGAACUUCCCCAUAUCACCACUAAUUGCCUGGAAUAUGGUCACAUGGUCACAGCUAGCUGCAAGGAAGCCUGGGAAAUGUAGUCUUUAGCGGUGUGCCCAGCAGUAAUUUUUCACUAAAAAAACCAGAGGACAAAUGUCAUUAGAUAACCAGUAAUGUGUACAUCCGUGGCAUAGAGGCAGCUGCUUCCUUGCUCUGUGUGACACUUGAGUUCAAUUCCCAGCUGACACAACACCUCUUUGUACCACCACCUCCACUAGGGAGUAUAAUCCAGAGCAGCAGUUCUCCAAAAGAGGAGGUUUUUUCCCCAGUGUACGUUUGGCAAUGUCUAGGGACACUUCCGGUUGUCACAAUUUGGGAGUUGUCACAACUUUGGGGUUGUCACAACUGGCUAUCACCGUCUAGUGCGUAGAGGUCAGGGAUGCCGGUAAACACCCUAUAAUGCACGGGACAGUGCCCACAGCAAAGAGUUGUCUGGUCCGAAGCAUUAGUAGUGCUGGGGAGGAGAAGCCUGAGGUAGGGGGAAGUGUGACACGCCUGCCUUGCAAUCCCGAAGCCCCCACUCCCUUCCGGUGUGCCCUUAGUGACUAAUCAUUCGCUUCACCUCUUGGACCCUCAUGAAUAAUAAUGCGGACACAGAUCAUAACGUGGACUUCUCUGCAUUGUCAAAGAACGAAUUCGGUUCAUUUACCGAGGGCUUCGUAUGUGCUGUGUGUGCCGUACACUCAGUACCUGCGAGCUCCUGUUUUUGUUUUCCACGUGAACAUUUAUUAGCACCUACUCUGUGGGGAAGUGCAUUCGCCUGGCUGUUUUUCAUUAUGACAACAGAAAAACAGCUUGCCAAACCUAAGCCAAAGGGGACCUUAGUAUAGUCUGAGAAUUGCAUAAAUCACUGAAUAGCCAGACAUCAGAAUAAGAGCCCCGUGCCAGAAUAUAUCCAUGGCCUAAUCUCUAGAACUUGUGACUACGACCUCACAUGGCAAAAAGGACUUGGCAGCUGGAAUUAAAGAUCUUGAGAUGGGAGUUUAUCCUGGAUUAUCCAGGUGGGCCCUGAAUGCAAUCACGAGUGUUCUGAUGAAGCAGAGACAGAGGGAGAUUUGACACCGAGGAUAAGGCAGCAACGUGACCACAGAGGCUGCGAUGGGAGUGAUGUGGCCACAAGUUAAAAAGCGCCGGGAGCAUGCAGAAACUGGAGGAAACCACAACAGCUCCUCCCCAGAGCCUCCCUCUCCCAGAGGGAGCAGGACCCACUGACACCUUGUCUCCUGUGCAGUGCUGCUGAUUUCAAACUUCUGGCCUUCAGAAUGAUGAGACAAUAAAUUUCUGUUGUUCUAAAGCA